CUUUGUACCACAGACAGAUAGCAGGAAGGAAAGCUGGAGGGAGGAGGAGAAGGGGUGAACCGCUCCUGGAGAAGGGAGACGGGAGAGCGUCUGGGAGAACAGAAAGUGUGUUUCAAACGGAGUUACAGAAAGAAAGAGAGGGAGACAGCUACCCUUAAAGCACAUUAAAAAAAAAAAAAAAGAAAGCGAGAAAAAAAAUAACAAAAAGCAACAACAAAACUCUGGCAAUUCAAGGAAGAAACAGGGCUGCAUUUUAAAGAGAGACAAUGAAGAGCUAAAGAAAAAAUAUGCCUCAGUCUCAUAGGUGCUUGGAAAUGAAAGUCUCUAACGGACUCUGACAGGGGUAACUGGAUUAGGGACUGGCACGCCAGCUUUUUUUUUUUUUUUAGCAUCUUAAAUCCUGAAAAAAAAAAAAAAAAGCAGCAGCUCCGAAUUGAAUGAAUUGAUGGGCACACUCCAACUGCUAGGCUGCUGAGACUGAACUUGGUCUUGCCAUUUCUACUUCUUUGAAAGAGGAGACAACUUGGGGCUUCCUUUUAAUUUCUUUUUUUUUCUUCUCCCCCCCUCCCCCUCCCCCUCCCCUAACUUUCCUCCUCCCCCCCCCCCACCGCCCCCCUCUACCACCAUACUCGUUUUAAAUAAGAGGGUGAAGGGGAAUCCAGAGCUCACAAGGGGACUGACUCAGGAGGCAAGAAGAUGGGCAUCCUCAGCGUAGACUUGCUGAUCACACUCCAAAUUCUGCCAGUUUUUUUCUCCAACUGCCUCUUCCUGGCGCUCUAUGACUCGGUCAUUCUGCUCAAGCACGUGGUGCUGCUCUUGAGCUGCUCCAAGGCCGCUCGCAGAGAGUGGCGUCGCAUGCUGACCUCAGAGGGACUGCGGUGCGUCUGGAAGAGCUUCCUUCUGGAUGCCUACAAACAGGUGAAAUUGGGUGAAGACGCCCCCAAUUCCAGCGUGGUGCACGUAUCUAACCCUGAAGGAGGUGGUGGCAGUGGAAGUGGUACCCUGGAGGAGACCCCCGAUGGAGCCGAGUGCCAUCUUCUUGACUUUGCUCACGCCGAUCGGCCGCUAGUGGUCAACUUCGGUUCCGCCACUUGACCUCCCUUCACGAGCCAGCUGCCAGCCUUCCGCACCCUGGUGGAAGAGUUCUCCUCGGUGGCUGACUUCCUGCUGGUCUACAUCGACGAGGCCCAUCCUUCCGAUGGGUGGGCAGUGCCUGGGGACUCCUCUUGGUCGUUCGAGGUGAAGAAACACCGGAACUUGGAAGACCGAUGUGCAGCAGCCCACCAGCUCCUGGAGCGAUUCUCCUUGCCGCCCCAGUGCCGUGUCGUGGCUGACCGCAUGGACAACAACGCCAACGUAGCCUAUGGGGUCGCCUUUGAACGUGUGUGUAUUGUGCAGAGACAGAAAAUCGCUUAUCUAGGAGGAAAGGGCCCUUUCUGCUACAACCUUCAAGAAGUCCGGCGUUGGCUAGAGAAGAAUUUCAGCAAGAGAUGAAUUCUACAUUAG